CGGUCAGACCGGCUCGCACGCUCCAGCCUCAGCUCCUCUCUCCUCGCUCGCUGUCUCUCGUCGCUUCCCCCUAAUCGACCGUGAUCGUCACAGCCACUUUACUCUCGUCGACGGUGAUCGUGGUUCCUCGUCUCAUCGCCAUGCACGUCAGGACGACCGUCUUGCUAGCAGUGUGCGGAGUGCUGGCGUUGCUCUCGUCGCAGCCGGCAGCCGCCCAGCAGCAGUCCCUCCUGCAGUACCUCAUGACGACCCUGAACCCCUUCCGGAACGGUAACGGGCAGUCGGGCGGCCAAUACGGCGGCGGAUCCAUAUGGGACCGCGUCUCCGGCUUCUUCUCGGGUCUCUUCAACCGCAUGAGCCAGGCCGGGAACUUCAACGGCGGCGGCCUCGGCAGCGGCCUUGGCGGCACCCGGCUCGGGAACAUCCUGAGCGGCGGCAACGGCGGCGGCAGCGGCGGCAACGGCGCCUACCCCAACGCCUACGACGGCAAGACGAGACCCACGCGGGCCGACAACCGGAUCCGACCGCAGCAGUAG